AUGACUGAGAGAACACUAGCCACCCAAGGCCAUGCCGAAAAGCUGGUUGAUCUACUCCGUUCUAUAAGGUCGAUUAAUCUCCUACACUUACCUCUCGAGGGGAACAUACUUGACCAAAUUCAAUCACUCUCCCAUCAUCUUAAGUUGGAAGGACAUUACCGUGAGGCAGAUGCUUUGCUUGAAGUAUAUCAGCAUUCUGUUACGCUCAAGGACUUCGGCGGCUUGGGUUUUUCUUCAGACCACGAGCUCGACAAUAGCGAGACAGCAGAGGUCCUUUUCUAUGUAUCUGCACAUCUCGAAGCCUUGAACUAUCAAGAUAGCAAGGCAGACCCGCUUCCUGACCUCCAGGAACGGCCACCAGGCCGAAGAGGCAUGACGGUUGCGGAGAAGAUAUUAGCGGCACAUGACGUAUCUCGCAGAGGUGAAGUAAAGCCAGGAGAUGUGAUACGACUCGAGGUCGAUUGGAUCAUUGCCUCUGAGCUCUCAUGGGCGGGUAUGGAAAAGACGUACCGCUCGCUCGGACAGCCAGGCAUUUUCCGGAACGACCGACUGUGGAUCGCGGGUGACCAUGUCGUCGACCCUCGCGUGAUGGACAACCCCAAAAUCAAAGCUCUGGUCGAAUCUAGCGAACGAGCAAAGCAAGUGUUCAAACUGACCGAGUACCAAGGCAUGAACUACACGAUCAUGCACACCGAAUUCUGUCGCGAGAGGGCCCAACCAGGCAUGCUCGUCAUUGGCUCCGACUCGCACACAUGUUCCGCAGGCAGCGUUUCCAGCCUGGCCAUCGGAUUAGGUGUUGCUGACGUGGUGCUCCCACUGGUCACGGGUGAGACGUGGAUCAAAGUGCCGGAAACGGUCGAAAUACGCUUCGUCAAUAAACCACGACCUGGAAUGGGAGGCAAGGACAUUAUCUUGUAUAUCUUGAAAGAGUUGAAACGCAACACCGUUGCGGCAGAGAGGAUUGUGGAGUACACUGGGCCGGGUCUGCAAUAUCUGUCGUGUGAUGCCCGCUUUGCGUUCUGCAAUAUGACCACUGAAUUCGGCGGCAUCACUGGCAUCUGCGUACCAGACGAGACGACGAAAGAGUUCAUCGAUCGACGCAAGAAUCCAAAGCACAAGAAACACGCGAAGUACUACCGGCCUGAUGCCGACGCGCAGUACGCUGAGAGCUACACAAUCGAUCUUCACAAUGUAGAGCCAUUCGUUGCGAGGUACCCAAAGCCGGACGACGUAGUUCCUGUUGGUGAAGUUGCCGGGACAGCUCUUGAUGGGUGCUUCAUUGGCGCCUGCACUACAGCGCGAGAAGAUCUUAUCCUUGCGGCUCUCGUGCUCGAAGCUGGACUCAAGCGAGGCUUGCGGCCCGUCUCACACGGGAAGCGCAAGGUCGUUCCAGGAUCACGCCCGAUACUUCGGGAGCUGCACGAAACGGGGCUUGCAGACGUCUACAAGCAGGCCGGCUUCGAGAUCGGGGUGCCCGGUUGCAGCUACUGCGUAGGCAUGAGUGCCGACAAGGCCGGUAAAGGUGAGGUUUGGCUGACCAGCCAGAAUCGUAACUUUGAAAACCGAAUGGGUCCUGGGUCGUUUGGGUCCUUAGCAUCCGCUGUCACGGUUGCGGCGAGCAGCUUCGAAAUGAAAAUCGCGGAUCCAUCCUCGCUUCUCGAUGAUAUAGACCAGGACCGGCUGCAGAAGUCACUAGUCACGGCGCCGGAGGAGAAGGCUUUAGUACCUUGGGUUGAACCCCCAGAGGCACCAAGUGCAAGCGGAGCUAGUUCUGCGCCGAGUCAAGAAGAAGUCCAUCCUGAAGCGGACGUGAAAGUCCAAGCCCAGAAGAAAAGUCGCACGAUCCGCGGAAAAGUGCAGAGGCUAGGAGAUUACAUUGACACAGACGCGCUGUCUCCAAAUGAAUCUCUUGUGAUGGGUGAUCUGACGCCCGAACAGCGUGGUGAGUAUUGUCUGCUCUACACGCAUCCCGACUUUCGACGCCGCGUGAAGGAAGGGCUCAAUGUCGUCGUUGCCGGCAAGGCCUUCGGCGUGGGAUCCUCCCGAGAAACCGCCGUGACGGCUCUGAUGGGCGUUGGCGUCCAGUGUGUCAUUGCGCGCUCAUUUGCCUUUAUCUACGCACGAAACCAGCCAAACUUGGGGCUUCUUGGUAUCGUCAUGGAGGACGAGGAAUUCUACAAGGUCGCAAAUGACGGCUCGGAGAUUGAAAUCGACGUCGACGAAAGAGCCAUCCACGUUGGCGCCAGGACGUUUACAUUCAGCCUAAGCGACCUAGAGAUCCGUCUUUGGCAACAGGGAGGAAUGAGCGAAGGUUUCAAACUGCUAGGGAAAGCCAUGUUGGAAAAGAUGACCCGAUCGAGACCCGCAAAACCGGUGUCGAUCGACGUCGAUCCUAGUUCUAGAGCACACGAGGAGCUGUCGUGGUAGUUUUGUUCAUUUACCUCCGCUGUACAAUAUUUCAGCGGAGCAAUUGAUCUGUAUGCUAUCUUUCUGGCAAUCAAACAUCGCUCAGGUAGAAACGUGGGGACUGCCAUGUGGCUUGAUCGGGUUUAGUGUUGCACUGCGGGUAGAACUAGAAUAGAAUAAGCACGCUGACCAGGAACCUGAGCGCUCUUUCAAGAGGGGCAUCUCAGGCGAUCUCGAC